CCAAAUCUCAUUUGCAUCUGUCCCAAUCAGCACAAACCCCGACGACUGGGGAGCUCUUGGACAAAUGAGGAGUGAACAGCAAGGUCUAAUGAAAAGCAGGAGGAGCGUGGCUGGCUGCAUUGUUGUUAGCCUCAUUUCACUUCCCUUUUUCUCCAGACAAAGCAAGACAAUCAAAGAAGCGUGGAGUUUGACCCUUUGACCUAGCUGACUGCCAAUCUCGAAUCACCCCGAGCUUAAAAAAGGAUUCGGGGAAUUCUGCCAUUGGGCGAACAAAAUGGAGCCCAAAAUAUGACAAGUUGGAAGCUGAUAUGCUUUCUCUUCUCUUUUGACUUAAUGUUUUUCUUUCCACUUGGACUUGAAAGAGUUGAGGUGAAAACCUCGAGUUGUUCUCCCGUCGUGACUCGUCAGAGGGCGCCGCAGCCUUCACGCCCAUGGAGCGCGUGCACGCGAUCGUAUUUAAAGGCUCCGGUCAGCCGCUCUUGUUCAAUUUCCUCAUCCAGGAUUUCGGAUUUGCUUGGAUUCCAACCUAGGCGGUCAGCGUUGGCAACUUGUCAUUUUUUGCCGUGGUGCGAUUGCGUUUGCUUGGUGUCGGGCCCACGGCCCAUUUGUAUCUCGUUUGUAUGAGCGGCGCCUCAUUAGCAUAAGCGUCGAAUUGUUUCAUUUUCGCCCCUGUGCAGUGUUCUCUUCCUGGUGUCAUGGCGGUCCUGCGAAAGCUUGGCAGCGCGUGCGCUCACCUGCGGCACCCGUGCCGCCGACCUAGACCCGACAGCGAUGGUGGGCGGCGUCCCGCUGCGGUGCCCGGCCCACUGUGCGCAACGCAGACUCUCUGUCUUCGGCACCACCGUGUACGCCGCCGUCUCAUCCAUUUGCGGCGCCGCGCUGCACAGCAGCGCUGUGGGACACACUGGUGGCGAGGUUCUGCUCAGCCGUCUGCCGGGACAGCAGCACUAUGUGGGCACCCUGGCCAAUGGUGUCCAGUCGCAGGCCCUGUCGCGCUGGAGCGCCUCCUUUACCCUCCAAGGGCUCCAGGACCAAAGACCGCCGGAGCUGAUCCGGGACUCGGGCACCAAUUCCAGGCCAGCCAAGAAAGCCGCCAAGAAGAUGUCUGUGAAAAAAGUUGGAAAUAAAGACUGUCAGAUGGACAUUGGGCUGGUGAUUGACAGCAGCUCCAACUUGGGGCAGCGGCGCUUCAACCUCCAAAAGAACUUUGUCGCCAAGCUGGUGGUCAUGUUGAAAGUUGGAGUCGACGGACCUCAUGUGGGCCUCGUCCAGGCCAGUGACCUUCCUAGGACAGAAUUUCUGCUCAGCAACUACACACAACCCAAAGAGCUUCACUUUGCCAUCAAGAGGCUUGCACACCUGGGAGGGAACACCAACACAGCCGCGUGUUUGUGUGGCACUCCCGCAGACAAGGCCAUCACGCACACGGCAGAGAUGCUGUUCACGGAGCGGAGCGGCGCCAGACGCGGUCGCCCUCGCGUCAUGCUUGUGCUGAUCGACGGCUGGCCGUCAGACGAGCUGCAGCCGGCAGCGACGGCAGCCCGCUGGGCGGGCAUCAAUGUCUUCCUGGCCACAGUCACCCAGCCCACGGCCGACGAGCUUCCCACCGUGCCUGAUCGCGACUUUGCCAAGAAGGCGGUGUGCAAAGACAACGGCUUCUUCAGCUACCAGAUGUCCAGCUGGUUUGGUACCACCAAACACGUCAAACCUCUGGCCCAGAGACUCUGUUCGCCGGACGGCCUUCUGUGCAGUAUGGGAUUUGAUGGUCGUACGUGUUAUAAUUCGGUCAACGUGGGCUUCUUGAUUGACGGCUCCUCCAGCGUGGGUGAUGCCAACUUCCGCACGCUCCUGGACUUUUUGGCGGCCAUCGCCAGCAAGUUUGACAUCUCCGAUACGGGUGCUCGCGUGGGCGCCGUUCAGUUCACGUAUGACCAGCGUCUGGAGUUUGGCCUUAGAGAGCAUGACAGCAAAGAUGGCGUCUUGGGUGCCCUGAAGGCCAUCCCCUACAUGAGCGGCGGCACGGCCACCGGGCGCGCCAUUACCUUUGCCGCGCAAAACCUCUUCAGGGCAACAGCAGUCGGACGUAACUUCCUGAUUGUGGUGACUGACGGCCAAUCGUAUGACAGCGUGGACGGGCCCGCGCUGGCGGCGCAGAAUCAAGGCAUCAGCAUGUUUUCAGUGGGCGUGGCCUGGGCGCCGAUGGAUGACCUGCGCGUGAUGGCAUCGGAACCCAAAGACGAGCACGUCUUUUUCAGCCAACACUUCAAUGGCCUAGAGGAGCUAGUCGACAAUGUCGUCCGUGUAAUUUGUCACGACUUUGACGUCAACAAUUGAAACAUAUACGGACGCUAUAACGUCAUCGUCAAGUCACCACGCGUAGUUAAGUGAACUCUCCUGAUUGCCAUGUAGAACCUUUCUUAGGCGCUUAUUCAUAUUCUUAACUGCAACAAAGUGUACACGUAAGUGCUUCCAGUCAAAUGCUCUCCCUGGUUCCAAUGAUUUUCGGUUUGUAGAGUGACAUUUUCGAAACCAUCAUGAGCCUUCUUUGCAUUGAAAUCGGUCGUGGGCGGAUCUUGAGGCUACUAACACCAGAAGUUGAGUCUAAUUUCUUUCGUGUAGUCUUUUAAAGGCAUUGAGCUUUGUACUAUUUAUUCCAUCCAUUUUCUAUACUGCUAUUCCCCACGAGUGUCGCAGCCUAUCCCAGGCAGGAGGCGGGAGACACCCUGAACCGGUUCCCAGCCAAUGGCAGGGCACAGAGACGAACAACCAUCCGCACUUGCACUCACACCUAGGGGCAAUUUGGACUGCUCAAUUGGGCUUACCAAGUAUGUUUUGGGGAUGUGGGAGGAAACCGCAGGGCCCAGAGAAAACACGCGCGGGCACGGGGAGAACAUGCAAACACCACACAGGGAGGGCCGGAGGUGGAAUAGAACCCGCAGCCUCCUAACUGUGGGGUGGACGUGCUGACCAAUUUUUGUAACAACAAAUUUAUUAGAAGCUGUUUUCAAGAAAACUGGUUCUUUAAAAUGUGGUUAUUUUGAAAGACUUUAAAGCCCACGUAUCACGGUAAUAAAUUCUACUGUUUUGCGUUGGACUCA